AUGACCGUGACGACAACUGGGACGACACGAAGCCGCAGGGUAUUGCCGAACGGACAACAAACGGUGGAGUUUAUUCAAACGGAGUUCGUCGAGGACGAAGACAACGCUGACGAUCAUGAUGCCGCUGAAUCUAGUAGGCAGAAGGCAAGUUCUAGACCUAGCGCAUCGUCGUCGUUGUUGUCGAAUAAGAUUUUGCAUGUCAAUAUCCGUCCUGGACUAUACGAGUUUUUGGAUGAUGUUUGCGGCCGCUAUGAAACGCAUCUGUAUUCAUCGUGUGUUCCGUUGGCGCGAGCCAAGCAGUUGGCAAGAAUGUUGGAUCCUGAGGGUGUGUACUUUUCGGAAGAUCGUAUUUGGGGUCGUGAGCAUUGUUCGUGUUGCGGCGACGACGACGACGACGAGACGACAGUUACUCGGAGCAAGACAAGCAAAAAGAAGAAGAAGAAAACGAAGAAGAAGAAGACGGCCAAGAAGCAGUAUUGGAAGGAUCUUUCACGACUUUCGUUGGUAUUGAGUUGUGGCGGUGGCGACGAAAGUUUGAAGCGCGUGGUGCUGGUGGAUAGUGGUUGGUUGAAUUUGGAAAAGAAUCGUAGCAACACAUUGCUCUUGGAAGGCUUUCAAGACGAUCCUCGUGUGGGUACUGGUACCGAUACCAUUACGAGCACGACGACGAACAAUGAUGAUCUGUCCGAUGUGUUUUCGUUUUUGGUGACGGAGCUGGAGGAUUGCGAUGACGUGCGACCCAUUCUGACACAAAAGUCGGAGCUAGAGCAUGGCUGGAUUCUUCAGUUUCCACAUUCUUGUUGGGCAAAGUAA